UAGAAUAAUAGGUAGUGUCACUUCGAGAGGCGAUAAUUUUAAUAUACGACCAUCUUAUUUUAUAACUAGGUACCUAACUAUUUUYAAGYUGUUUAGUCGUCAAUAAGCGCGUCUAAGUAAUAACAUACCGCAACAGRUAAUACUUUCCUAUGGUGACAUUUUUUUUCGGCCAGUGACAGAAGACAAGUGUGGCUGACAUGUGGAGAAACAACGCGAAUGCGCAGGUGGCGUACGCCGUGCUGCUGUUGAUCGGWGCGGUGGUCGUGGACAACGUCGGGGCGUCCACUAAAUACACGCUGCUCGGCAAGAACCAAAUCGAAGUGACCACGUCGACGAUGACGUGCAAGAACGGCAAUCCUUCCUCGGUGACCACUGGCGUGAAGGGCGAACUGUACGCGCUGUCGACGACCAGGACGAAUUUCUCGGGCGACAAGUGGAAGAGGCGGAUGGCCGAGCUGGACAGGGAGGCGGACGAUGAACAGGGACACGUGGUGGCGUCCGUUUUCGGCGGGCCCAUCGAAACGUGGAACCUGGUGCCRCAGCACCGGAGCGUCAACAGGAAAAUAAACGCGCAAAGCAGCCUGCUAAACCGCUGGGACGAGUUCGAAAAGUGGACGCGUGAACAGCUGGGCAAAAAGAACGGCGCCCCGGUCAAGUUCGCCAUCAAGAUAAAGUACGCGGCCAAUAACGGAUGCAGACCCAUCGGUUUCGAGAUCGACGCCACCAGCAAGGCGGGACCUGGGUUCCAAGGGAAAUUCGACAACGGCCCUUACGGUGCUUUCGCCAUCACCAGCAAAAAAUCGUCGAAGAAAAAGCCGUGAAGCACAGACGGAACCCAAACCUAUGAGCCGCCAACCAUGCGAUUUCCGUCAUGAUUACUGGUUCACAAUAUUUAUUUCAUAAUAUACUAAAAUUUUAUUUUAUAUUUAUUAAAAUUGCAUUACCUUAAAAGCCUCAUUUUUGCACUCAAUAUUGAAUAUUAUUAGUCUAUUUGCAUAUAAAAAAAAAGUAUUUGAGUUAGAACUUUGAAACUUUUAUUGGUUAGGUGGGUUCGGGCCCUGGGGUAUUGAAGAAACAUUAUAUACGUAUUUCAACGAAUUUUUGUUUCUACUACACUGGUUUUAAUAAAUACAAGUUACAAACAUA